AUGUUCGUGUGCGUUGGGCACCCUGUGCGUGCCAUUCAAUCCAAUUUAGAUAAAUCAUUAGUUUUGCGACAAAAUUUAGCUGAACUCAUACCUGAACGGCAAGAUAAAGACCGAAGCCUACUUUUGAAAGCGCUUGGAGGGUCACCACACCAUUGA